CUGUUUACAUUAGAUUUUACAAAGUAAUUGAAACUUCGAUCUUUUCAUAUGAAAAUCAAUGUUUUCUUACUGUUAUUAGUAUUGAACUUGACAGUAAUUUAUAAUUUGACAGUAGCUUUCAUCAUUAACUUAUACCAGUUGAAACGUAUCGAACAAUAGUUUCAUUCUGAUUUUCCAUGGUUAUUUAAUCAAUACACGUUCAGUAACAAAUUCGAUGGAUUUCCAGGUAGAAUUCAAUUAUAUACACACUAUAUUUGCCAUCGUUGGGUCACAUUUCAAAUCUUAAGGCGAUCUACCUAACACAGAUUUAAGAUCAGGGUAAUGGUACAAAAAUGUCGUAGCUUAUAAUUUAGUGUCGUUACUUGUUUUCUCAUGUGAUAAAUAAACUGUUAAUACUUGGAUUUAUCAAGGGUAGUUGUCUGUUUUGCCAGCUCUACACGGUAAUUCCCUUGUUUUCAUUAUUGGUGAGUAGAACAGUGAUGCGAAUCGGUAGAACACUGCUCAUGUGAUCCGGUAAAUAAUGCAUUCACAAACUGGUGACUUGGGUUUCGAUACAAUUUUUUUGUUUUUUAUUACCUUAUCUAUGACAGUAAUUAGAUUGCUAAAAUCGAGCAAAUGAAGUUUGAGGAUAUUAGAUUUCUUCAAGGCCAGAUUACUAAAGUUAGAUUAUGUGGUCCAAAAUUUGAAAGCAACAUCUUAUUAUAUUUUCCAUGUUGUCUUAGUUAUCACUUAUCAUUUAGACGUAUCUGAUAUGUUGAAGACAAUUAUUCUGUCGUUUUAAUUGUUCCAUUUUACCGAGUAUUGGAUAAAACAUCAACCUAUCAUGAGUGAUAAAAUUCUCGUGAGUCAUCAAGGAAUCGUGGACUCAGUUUUCGUGCUUGUUGGCACUCGUUAGCAAGGUAUAGCUAUAAUAUUGACAGAAGCGAUGCUCUUUGUGUGACUCGAACCCGCGUUACACAGCUUCAUAUCAGAUUAUGAAUAUUGUUAUACAUUACAAAUUUUGAUUAUUACUCUGAAGUCCAGACAAGUUUUCUGGGAGAAUUUAGAUUUCAAUCGCUGAGAUUAUUUCAAAUAUAACUUUCACAUAUAAUGACUUCUCUAUACUCAGUGCCCAGUUUCCGUCACACUAUUCGUUCUAAUAUUGACGAAUAUUCAUAUACAUUACAAAUUGUGUUCCAAGUCGCGUAUGCUGUGUAUUACUACCAUCUAAUAUACAUGCAUUUCACUUUGUUUUUUUCCGUAGUUAACUGUUACACGACCUAGUAAAUAUCUUUGUCCAAUGUCUCAGUGUUCACCACUCAUUAAAAAUAUGUCAUGGGGUUCCAUUACAGUGGAAACAAUAUCUGAAGAUGGAGCAAUUAAUCCAAACAAGUUAAUCACAUACCGAGAUGCAAAACUGUGGCCAAAUGGUAGUCGUGCAUGGGAUUGGAACGAAUCUGGCACUGGUCAUUUUGCAGGGAUUCAGAAACAGGAUGUUGAUGAACUACUCAGUUAUAAACCAAAUAUUAUUAUACUGAGUAAAGGAGUACUAUCUCAGUUGAAAGUACCGCAAUCAUUAAUUGAUCACAUAAAUCAAUCUGAUCCACGUAUUAAAAUAAUAGUAGAGACGAGUAAAAAAGCAUUCAAAUUGUAUAACGAAUAUGCAAUUCAAGGUGAACGUGUUGCAGCCUUAAUACAUUCUACUUGUUGAUAGAAUUGACGUUUUAUUUACAAUGCUAUGUUAUUUUUUGUUGACUUCCUUAUUUAUCAUAUCAUCACCGUAUUUGAGAUAGAUAAACUCUUUAUAGUAAGAUUUUUUUGUCAUCGGACUGUUUGUUUAAAG